CAAAUUUUUACUGUGGCCAAAAUAAGAGUUUGCAAAUCGGUUACACAAACUAGUAUCAAUGUUAAAUGUGAAAUCCGCAGAUAUUAUUUCUUUACAAUGUCGGGAAAUUUCAGUUCUGAUUCACUUAUGAAUUUUCUUAAUACAACUUAUAGCAUAUUAAUUGAACCAUUUUUGAAAUUGUUCAAUGUAUCUCAGAAAGACUUGACUUACGGAAGAGCCUUUCUUCCUUAUUCUCCUACCGAACAAAUCGUUCGUUCCUCACCUUAUCUUUAUUCAGAAUAUAGACUCCCUUUCUCUUUCAAUGGCGCAAAAGACAGUUUUAUUCAUUAUCAAAUCUGGUAUUUACCAACUGCUAAAGUGCAACGUAAUGCAGACGUUUUAUAUGUUCAUGGAUUAAACGAUUACGGGGGCCGUUUUUCUGAAAAUUGUAUUCCAAUAUUAGAGGCAGGUUUUCGUGUUAUCGCACUGGAUUUACCAGGUUUUGGUCGAUCUAGUGGAUUACAUGCAUAUGUUACUGAUUGGCAAGACUUUAUAAAAGCAACCAAACUUGUCGUAGAUCAUGUCAAUGAAAAAAAUGCAGAAGAAAAUUGUCAAAGAAAAUUGAUUUUAUUUGGCGGGUCUCUUGGUGGAUUGAUUAUUAUAGAUUAUUCUAUUAAACAUCCAAAUACAUUUGACUUUUUAUGUAUACAGUGCCCAUUAAUUCAUGUUGCUAAUCAGAGUCGACCUAGUAAAUUUGCUGAAAUUGUUGCUAAAUUAAUCGGUAAUUCUCCUUUAGGUCGUUUACCUUUAGUAGCUGCACAUCGCGGAAAAAGUAGUUCUGAUCCGAAAGUUAUAGAGAGAUUUCUCUCGGACCCACAAACUUAUCAUGGAAAUUUAAGAGUAGCUACAGGUUUGACAUUAUUGUACGCUACUGAAUGGAUACAAACAAAACUUGGAGAAGUUCGCAAACCUUUUUUUGUACAGCAUGGUUUAUGUGAUCGCGUUACUUUAUGUGAUGGGACUAAAGAUUUAUUUGCUCAAGCACAAACCCCGGAAGAUCAAAAGACUAUGUUGUUGUAUGAGCAAUGUGAACAUGACAUGUUUAGAGAUCCAUUGGCAGGGGAAAGAGUUUUGAACGAUUUUAUAAAUCGGCUAAUUCAAACAGCGAAAUAAAGAUAAUUAUGAUAAUUAUAGACACAUUAUUAUUAUUAUUAUUCCAUUGAUACCUGAGAAUAACUAAAUUAAUUAUUCAGGGAGGGAAUAAGGGAAUAUCAGUGAGUAUGGAGUUUCUAUUAAUAUUGAUAGGUUCUCAAUGCAAAUAAUUAUGGAUUGAUAAAAAAUUCCAUUGGUAUAUUUGUUAGUAAUAAAAUUUUCCUUAUAUAUUUAGAGGUAUUACAUUAUAGCCAAAAUUGGUAAGUCACACACAACCGUGACUUUUUAUAAAUCAAUUCCAUAUAUAUAUAAUUAAAACGUGUUAAAUAACCAAAAAAAAAUUUUAUAAUAAAACUAACGAGUA